GGGACGGACUGGGCGCCAGCUCCCUCAGAGACAUUGCUGGCUGGGCGACCCGCCUGCCCGCCGAGCUUGCGCCCACAGGCUCCGUCAGGCACUGUGUUCCCGUCUAGGGGCUGCAGCACCCCCCCCCCACCCCGGGGCUGUGGCAUGUCACAGAGGGAGGUCAGAAGGGCCCCCGCCAUGCCGGGAGUGGGGCAGAAGCCGGCCAAGGCCAAGCGGCGGCUGGUAGCAGGCCCUGGCAGGAAGCGGAGCCGCCUGAGCAGAACAAGGCAGGACCUGUGGGAAGAGACGAGCUGGAGCGACCAAAGGUGGAGCAGAGCUGCCCUGAGCCCACGGGGGGUCAGGCCCAGGAGCCUGGCUCGUGGCCGGAGUGAGGCCAGUCCCAAGAACGCUGCACGGGAGCGGAGCCGGGUGAGGACACUGCGCCAGGCCUUCCUGGCCCUGCAGGCCGCUCUGCCUGCUGUGCCACCCGACACCAAGCUCUCCAAGUUGGAUGUGCUGGUGCUGGCCACCAGCUACAUAGCCCACCUCACCCGCACACUGGGCCAUGAGUUGCCCGGCCCCGCCUGGCCUCCCUUCCUGCGUGGACUCUGCUACCUACACCCUCUCAAGAAGUGGCCCAUGCGAUCUCGUCUCUAUGCUGGAGGCCUGGGGAGCUCUGGCCUUGACCCCACCACAGCUACCACCUCAAGCCAAAGAACAACGGAGGCAGAGGCCAGACCCCAAGUCUCUGAAGAGGCAGACGCUCUCUUUCCUACGAGGCCACGCUCACCAGCUCUCGGUGACAAAUGAGCAUCACACUUGCCUUUUUCUCUUAGACUACGACUCGAGCUUAGGAACCUAGAUUCUCUACCAGCCUGCCUGUCUUCCCUCUGACUCUCAGCCCUCGGAUUGAACAGGCUCAGGUUCAGCUCCCAGGUUCCAGCACGCAGACCUGGCGAGGCAGUGGGCCCUUCGGCAAUGGGAGGGUACUCAGGAGCACUGGGGGAGGCGGGUGUUGUGGUAGCUGCAAGGGAAGUGGGAGAGGACAGGGUUUGGUUGGGUUGGACGCUGCGUUAGGACACCGCCCCUGCUUUCUCCCCGAAGCUUCCCACAAACCCUCCGGACAUGCAGGUGCAGAGGUUAGAGGCCUAGGAGGGCAGCAGCUGCAGGUGCUGAUGGGAAAGCCAAGGGCAGGACAGGCUCUGGGCAGCUGUGAGUGUGAACAGAACUGGGCCAGGGUCACGUAGGCAGAUGGAAACUGAAGAAGGGAGCCUGCUUGCUAUUGCUCCAAGACGUUACCUGAUGUCCAAGAGGCAGGGGGGGAAUUUAGGAGUCUUGUCUGCACUGUGGUCUCUCCAGCUGCCCCUCAUCACUACACUUCCUCCCUCUCUGGGCCCUGCGCCCUUCCACUCUUUUCUUGAUAAUGACUUAGAUUUAUGGGUUAAGCCAGAAAGCUUGCAUUGCUUGCAUUCCAGUUUCCAGAGAAACUUUUCGAUGGUGUCAGCUGCCUAGUUUGACAUGAUCUUAUCCCAGAGGAAGGCGUACCGGAACUGAAGCAGACAGCACCUGAAGGCCUUGCAUCUGAAGGAUAUUGAUGGGCCUGAUUACCUCCUUGAAGGACCUUUGAAGGAGAACACUUACCUUUUCCAGGGGAUGACAAUUAGUCUUCUCUUUCCAUUAUGUUAGAAACCUAAUCUCCAGGAAAAACAAGAUGGGGCCUGGGUUCCCUGGGUUCUUUAUAUAAUUUUGGCCUAAGGCCUCACUGGCUCUGGAGUUAUUUCUACAAUCUGUCUACAAAUGAACUCUCCAGAGGCAGCUUCUCCCCACAGGCCCUGCCCUCCCAGGCACUCCUUAAGUCUUGCCACAGGGUGUCGGAGAUCUCUGAGAGCUUUAGCGGAAUUUCUCUCUGGCUCUGAAGAACUCAUUUGAGGACAUCCUAGAGUCUACACAUACUAAAAGUAACUUUCCAGAUCAGGUACAGCUUCAAAACCAAAAGGCACCUGAAGUCCAGACAGAGAAGGAACCAGCUUUUGGUUAAAGAUCAGUGCCUCAGAGCGGGAGGGGAUGGACCAGGCUGACUUGAGUCCCAACACGGGUAGCCUUAGAGCCACCAUUGCCAUUGUGGGACUAAAUGAGGCUCUGGCAUGACAAGCCACUGCUCCUCCACAGGGCUGGGACAGGGCAGCAGGGGAAAGGGGCUGAGGGGUGACUCAGCAAGUUGGGGUGGAGGCAGAAAAAGACAGAGAACGUCCCAGCGUGGGCUGCAUGGGAUGUGGGAGAGCAGCUGAACGGUGGCUGGGAGCCAUGGGGAGAAGGUCUCAGCCAAGGCUGAACUCAUAAAUCUACCAAGUCUCCACUGAGGGGCCCACUGAGAAUGGCUCCUGAGCAGCUGGAUGAGGCCAGGCAGGGGCAGAGACCAGGUGUGGGUGGGCAUGAGCACAGUGUUCUUCACAAGACCAUAAAAGUCCAGCUUGAAUGUUCUAUUUUUAAAGCCAAAUAGCAAUAACUUCCUGGUUGACUUUGAAAGUGGUAGGCAGAGGAACAGAUGAAUCUCCUCCCAAGCUGGUGGCACACAAUCUUUUUCUGGGGAAUGGAACUGGGCAAGCUGGUUUGGGGCAUACACUGGGGGGGGGGGACCCCUUCUGAUAGCUAAGGAGACUAGUUUGGAGCCUGCCCCACCCUACCCUGCUGAGACUCCAGCUUUUGCCCAGUAGUAUCAGGCCCCCCUGGGGUGACUGCAUUACCCCGGUAGAGAAGAUAAGGACAGCAAAGGAAGAUGAAGCUGGUGGAUGGUUGAGGAAGGGCAAGCGCAUUCAAUACAAGUUGCUUAGGCUGCCCCAGCCUCCUGUUUUCCUUCGUGCCCAGGCCAGCCUGGGGUCCAGAGGCCAUGUCCUCCAGCUGGAGAGCACCCAGCACAGGCCAGGUUGCCAAAGGGCCGCGGAGGCAGGCAGAGUCAAGGGAAGGACCAGAGGACGAAUGGGAAUGACCGGAGGAAAUGUCAGGUCAGAGACUGGGAUCCACAAAGGAACCGGAACCAGGAGUUCUUUGCCUCUGCAGCAGAGGAAGAAAAACACCUGCUCACUGAAGACUUUUUAUUCCCACCAGGUCUAGGGGCAUGGGGUAGGCAAGAGUGGUAAAAGGCAGGUUAAGACUCAAGUCCAAAGACAGCUUUGGUCCCCAUGGAAACAGGGGUGUGUGGGCAAGAGGCUCCAAAAGGAAACAAGCACAGAUGACACAAUGUCACCAAGGUGGCCUAACUCAGGAGUCAGGGGGAUGGCUGGCCCACUUGGCUAGUUUGUACUACCUGCCCAGGUGCCCAUGACCCGAGGUGGCGGGAGAGGCAGAGACAGAACAGCUUCCCCAGAGUUGGAUGUGCAUCUGCUUCCCGAUGAGCAGCAGAGUUGCAGGGCAGAAGCUUGGGCCAUGGGAGAAGCAGAGCUGGCCGAGGGAUGUCUAAGUAGAAGGUGGAGACUGGAUUUUACCAGUUGGGAACUAGGGUAAUUAAAGUACAAGAUCUAGUCUUCUCUGAGAAGUUCCUUUUCUCUUCCUCUGGAAGGGGCCUGGCUAGGAUGAAUCAGAGGGCACCGUCCACCCCUUUUUGUGGCACAAGCCCUAAACCCAGGGCCCCUGCAAGCUUGGUGUUGUAGACCAGGAGUUGGCUCACCGGCCACAGUAUACCAAAUCCAGCCCACCUCCUCCCAGCCCCUGCAGGUUUGUGUAAAUAAGUUUUUGUGGGUUACGGUCAUACCCAUUUGUUUACAUGUUACCCAUAGCUCUUUCCUGAUACCACAGCAGAGUUGAAUAGCUAUGACAGAUUAAGCCUAAAAUAUUUACAAUAUGGCCCUCUAAGAAAAGGUGUACUGACCCUCACUCUAGAUCACAGGUAUUCAAAGUGUGGUCUGGGGACUCUGGGGGCGUCCCUGAGGCCCUUUCUACGUGGCCCAAACCAUUUUCAUAAUACAAGAUGCUAUUUGCCUUUUCUCACACUUCUCUCACGCAUCAUGGAAUUUUCCAGAAGCCACACAAUAUAUGAUAUUACAACAGAUGGGAUGUAGAAACAGAUAGGAGAAUCCAGCUAUCUAUUGCAACAGACAUUAAAGGUAUUUGCAAAAAUGUAAAACAAUGCCACUCUUCUCACUAAAUAUUUUCCAGUAUGGAAAAUAAUUAUUUUUCAUAAAAAUGUUAUACAUAUUCACAUAUAGUGGGCUAAUUAAUGUAAUUUUUUGAAGAUCUUUUUCUUUAUUUGAGAGAGGGAGAGCACACAUACACAUGGGGGGGGCAGAGGGGGAGGGAGAAAGAAAGAAGACUCCCGCUGAGCGCAGAGUCCAACUACACACAGAUCCCCUACAACCCUGAGAUCACCAUCCGAGCGGAGACCAAGAGCGGAGACCAAGAGUCAAAGAGUUAGACGCUCAACUGACUGAGCCACCCAGGUGCCCCUAAUUAAUGUAAUUUUUAAAUAACAGCAAGAUGUCAGCUGUUGAGAAGCAAACAAAGGACAAGGGACCACCUCAGCUGCCUAGGGCAGGAGCUGCAGCAUUAUGUGUCACCUACAGAGAUAGCGGAAGAAGCUGAUCGUGCACUGAAUAAACCGAGAAGUAAUGAAGGGGCAAAGACGCCUGAGGUUUUUUUUAACCUGAAAAACCUUACAAAAAAUUAUGGUCCAGAAAUCAGAACAAGAACAGUCCUCCACAUUGAGGAUGCUGGAAGGAGAAAAACAAGCUCAGUAAAUCAGGCCUAAAUCACAUCAGUUACCUCCGGCUUCAGUGGGCUGGAACCUCUGGGUUGGGGCCAAGUUGGAUGAAAACAGAUUCCAUGUCCCACAUCCCAGAAACCACAGCUAACUGCAGGCUGGGCGGCAGAGCCCCUGGAGCUCCUGGUGCAAAUAUAGGU